GACAACAUUGCACCAGCUCAACCACGCAAUACUUGCAAGAAAUUUCCAGAAUUACGAAUCGUUCAAAACUCAAUGCAAAUUCCCCACGUGGCAAGAUCAGACGCUUAUAACGUACUUUCGUAGAACAUAUAAAUUUGAGCUUAUCACUAUGAGUACUAAACUUUUAAGAAUAAAGCCAGAGCGAAGAGAACGAGAUAAAUUUUGCGACCGACAGAAUCGACGCUGUAAUCGAACUCGAAACCGUGGUAUCGAUAAAACCCUAUAAUUUGAGAUGAAAAGUCUGAUAAUUUCCAGUGUUUUUCUACUGAGCUUGGCUCAAACAAGCAUCGCCUCGUUUUUGGUUUCUCGACUUCACCAACGAAGCCUCAACCAUCCAUUCUUCUUUCCUCACUGGGACUCCCUCAGCAACGUUUUUGACGAUCCGUUUUUCCGUGAUCCAUUCACAUGGUCACCCUUCGACGACGAUAGCUUCGACACCGAACUUCUUCCGGCCUUUCAUGAACCUCGUCGUGAUGAGCUCGAGACCUUUACGCCGACUUUUAUCGUCACACAAAACGACAAAAACGGAAUCAAACUUGAGAUGAAUGUGAGGGGGUUUGCAGCUAAGGACGUAUCUCUACAAGUUGACGGUCAAGAUUUAAUAAUCAAAGGAGAGAAGAUGGAUAAAGAUGACGGGUGGUGCAAGAUGCGACAGUUCUGCUGGCGUCGGAGAUUUCCAAAGAGCACCGACAUGAAAUCGAUUAAAGCUACGCUGAAGUACGGGGACAUUCUUGAAAUUGAGGCUCAAAAGGAAAGAUUGAUUGACACCUCAGGAAAAAUAGACAAGGUGACUAAUGCAGACCGAGAGAACCAUGGAAGGGAUAGAAAGUCUUCCACUGAGAAAAUUCCAGUACGUGUCAACCAAAAACAACAAAGAGAGGAGAAAAAACUCGACGAGCAACCAGAAACUACGAUAGAAAUUAUCCCCGAAGACUUAGGCUCAUAACAGUCACGCGAUCCAGAUAUCCGGUCUAGAUGGGCCAAUCAAAACGCUGCAUCUGUCUCCAGGCACAGGGAAAUGGACACUGAUGUCAUGUGAUCCUCCGUUUCUGGAUUAACCAAUCAUAGCAAUAUGUUAUAAGCACCUCACUAGCCUGAACCAGAGAGCCUGCACAGAAACAUGCAUAGCAGCUGAAAAGGAGAGGUAGAUGGGGGCUGGGGCCGAAAAUGUCGCACACAAAUGUCAUUCUUUUUUUAUUUCCAAAACUUUUUAUACAGCACAGACUAUGAAAUUAGAAAAUUAAAUAGAAUUUGUGCAUGGUUGUAUUAUUUGAGUAAAUAAAACACUAUAUAUGGUGCAAUUAAACGUUUGGAAUAGAA